AACUUUUCGGGACCUUCGAGAAACGGGCCCCAGGACUCUACCCGUACCCCCAGGAAUUGUAGGAAAAGGCAAAAAUCCCAAGGAAUGGGGCUGAGUUUUGGUUUCUUCUUUCUUACAGCCGACCGAGUCCACCUAAGGCGAACCUUAGGUUCAAUCACCAGCCGCUGUUCGGGAAAGGAGCCCGCGCUCCUCCCCUGGACGCAGACCAGACACGAGAGAGCGGCGGAAAUGGAGCCUAUGAACAAGCUCCUAAAUUCCUGGUCAUGAAGCGACCAGAGCUAUUAAACAGAGAGCGUGUUCACAGGUUAACUUUCUUUCAGAUGACGAUGCUCUUUGUUGCAGUUUACAAGGGAUGUGAAAUUGUUGUUUCAUACGUGGGUUGAAUGGAUCACAACUUCGCAUGGCGACAGUCAGAGGAUGUUGGCCUAACAGUCACUGUGUUGGACUUGAGCAUUCCAGGACUAAAGGUUCAAAGUCAAGAAAUGAAACCAAAUUGAACAUAACUCUGGCCUCAGAUGAUGAGGGUUGGAACAGAACUGUGAAUGGGCAACUAGUAAUUGAAUUAGGCAGGAAUACCAGAUUGAACGUGACAGGAUUUGUACCUAAAAACACCCAUCAACAGAGAGAACAUGCCAGGAGUUUAAAUAUUGAGCUUGUUGAUGCAAAGGAUCACACAGGAUUUUCCUCAUCAGAGCUGCUCUCUUUCCCCCCUGAGAGUCUUGAAAUUGACAUUCUAUUGAUUCAUGCUCAUGGGCAAGACCUUGGGCGGCAGGCGCAAAGUAUAAAGGAAGCCAAGAAAUGUAAGUGGGUGCAGGUUGUACACACAGACAGUCAUUGGGAAGAACUUUAUGAAGGACAACCUAGACUUCAGACAUUGUGUGAAAAGGCUGAUUUUAUAAUUACAGUUGGUCCAAAAGUUGCAGACACUUGCAAACGUGCUCUGCGCUCCUCUGAAAAGCAUGUCUUUGACUUAACACCGGGUGUUUUUGAAGACCUAAGUGGUGUUCGUCAGUUGUAUGGAGAUUUGAGUACAUUUCAUGUUUUGUUGAGUGGCUCAUCAAAAUAUUUUAAACUCAAAGGAUGUGACAUUGCAGCUAAAGCAAUCAAGUUACUAAAUACACCAUCAGCAUCUUAUCACCUUACAGUUAAUGUGAAGCCCUGCGACAAUCCAGAAGAGGUAAGAAAGGCCUUACUCGGUGAGGGCCUUGACUCUCGUCAACUCACUGUAAGAGUGUCUGAUAGCCAUGACGAUUGGCGCAAAAUGCUCUGUGAAGCAGAUCUUGCUAUUAAACCAUCAAGAAAUGAAGGUUUUGGAAUCAGUGGUCUUCUUGCUAUUUCAGCAAACUUACCUGUUCUCGUAAGUGAAUACAGCGGACUUGGUAUUGCCCUUAAGAAUAUACCACUUAGAAAUAGCAGUGUUGUGGCUUCUGAUGACCCUGAGGUGUGGGCUGACAGGAUAAAGCAGAUCAGAGCAAAGACCUCAGAAAUCCGCCAUGCAGAAGCUGUGAAACUGAGAGAAGCAUACAUGCAGCAGUUCAGUUGGAAGGAUCAGUGUGACAAACUGGUGGAGGAAUUGUUCAGGAUAGUCCCACAAGAGUGUGGUAUGUACAUGUUCUGAGUUCAAUGUGUAAGACCUGAUGGUAAGGUUGUCAAUACCAACUGUAAUAUUGUAGGUGGUGUCAGGAAUUUCACAUGUUGAUAGAUAUAUUUUGGCAGUGUAGACUGUUCACAGCCCUCUGUUUUUAUUCAAUCAUUGAACGUGCAGAUAGAAUCACAAGAGAUCUGGACGCCAGUGCAAAGCAGAAGACUUGACUGGGUAGGGGUGGGGACUGACAUAUAUAGAGAGACUGUAGACAUCUUUGGAAAAAGUGAAUUCCCCGUUUCUCCAGAAACAAAAAAUUCCCAUUGGUUGAAAGGCAACAAUAGUGUCAUCACCUUGACAAUGGCUGAUCAUGAUUGGGUCCAGACUGUUUUUGCGGCUUGCAACAAUAAUUAUUGUCAUCACUGACACAUGCCAUGAUUUGUAUUGAAGCGGUUAUUUUUAAAAUAGAAUACUGUUAAGAGAAAUUUCAACAUUUCUUCACUCAAAGGUGAACAGAAAGAGGCUACUGUUCAUCUUCUUCAGUCAAAAGACAUUGUUGCAAUUUUGCUGACCAGCUUUGAAGAAAGUCUGAUGUAUCAACUCUGCGCAACAGCAAAAGAAAUGCAAAUGGUGUGAAUAUUGUUGUUCUCAUUGUUUUGCCACUCAAAAGCAUCAUGAAAGAUCAAAUAGAAGAGAUGGAAGAGCUUAGGAUUCCUUACAUCAUUUUUGUCAACUAAGGACAACUGCUUCUGCUGAUUGGAGAAGCGAAAUACAAGCUUGUUUUCGGAAAACAGCUGAAGAGAUUUUGUAUGCAACAUUUUAAAACAUGUUAUAGAACAGAGAUUCUCUGCUCAUUGUAGUUGACGAGUGC